AUGGAGAAGGCCCAAGCAUUCCUGCCGUUUGAGCCAGCAGCUGAGACAUGGGAUUCGUUCCUGGAGCGCUUUGAGUGCUUCUUGCACUCCCAGGACUAUGUGGAUUUGCCUGCCUCUCGUAAGCGCGGCUACUUCCUGAGCCUCUGUGGCCGUGAGGUUUUUGCAACGGCCAGAGUCCUGGCUGCCCCAUCGCUGGUUUUUGAAAUGCCGUGGGAUGUUUUAUUGGCCAAGCUGAGGAGCCAUUACUCCCCAACGCCUUCUCGUAUCGCCCGGAGGUUUGCGUUUCGACGGCGUGUCCAGCGACCGGGAGAAUCGAUCAACGAUUAUAUGGCGUCCCUGCGUUCUGCUGCCCUAUAUUGUGAGUUCCCGGAGCUGGACGAUGUCCUUCUAGAUCAGCUGGUGGCUGGGACCACUGACCUGCGGCUGCAGCGUCGGCUGCUAGCCCGCUCAGACAUCACCUUGGCCACAGCGUUGUUUGAGGCGCAGGCGGCCGAGUUGGCGGAGAAGUCCGCGGCGGAGAUUCAGAGAUUCCGUCCACCUGAGACUCAAGCCGCACCUGGCCUGGCGGUUCACCACGGGGAGGCGCAACCAUCGGAGACACCAUAUGGCUCUUCGGAUGAAGACGAUGAUGUGCGCCGUCUCAAGUCCUUUCCUCGGCGCGGGUUGCCGGCCGCCAAGUCUUCUCCGCUGAGUUGUGCUGGCUGCGGGGGAAGCCACGGAAGGGCCGAUUGCCGGUUUAAAAAUGCCGUUUGCCGCCGUUGUGGGAAGCGUGGCCACCUAGCCCGGGUCUGCCGGGCGGGGUUGCCUAUGGCUGAUUCCCUGAGAGAUCCUGCUCCCCGUCGGAAGUCUUCUGGCCUGCCGGCCACCCGCAAGGAUGAUUGUUUCGCUGUCGGGCAUGCCACCGUUGACCCUCUUGGGUCCGAUUGGCAGAUGGGAGAGAGUGGCGCCGGCAUGUGAACCAGCUCCGGCGGAGAAUGCCGGGCAUCGAGGAGCCACUCCAUGAGCAGGACUACCCAACCGCCAGGGCGAUGACCCCGAGAGGAACCUACGACAACGCUGGGCCCCGUCCAGAGACCAGCCUUCCGGGCCAAGAGGCCGGGGAGGGACUCCAACCCUUAAACCGUGAAUCGAUCUCGUCGGGAAACUUACCUGAGAUUCCGAGUGUUCCAGCGCUGGCCAGUCCUUCCCUAGGGGUGGAGUCAUCCUCUUCGGCAAGGCCCAACAAAGCCUCGCCCAAUCCAAAUCCGAGGGCGGAGAUACCUUCGGCAGCGAGCCCAGCCUCCGCCUCGCCCACUCUUCCGGCGUCCGGCCCUGUAAUAAGGAAAUCGGAGCGGAGUCGACGUCGGCCCGCGUACUUAGCCGAUUACGCAUGCGCGAUCCAGGAGGGGAAGGGUGUUAUGUCUAACAAAGUCCUCGGGGUUACGACCCGCCUGAGCCUUGACAACAGCCAGGCGGUCUCUGAUUGGUUAAGACGCGCUGGAGGGAAGAAGCGGGAGUUUGGAAGUCCUGUCAUUGGAUAAAGUUCCUGAGGCAGCUAGUAUAUAAGGGCUGUCACCC